GCCAAUCAGAAGAUAUUACUACAGCUACAUACACAAAAGCGACAUUCACAAGCUGAUCAGAAUUGGCAAGAUAUUAAACAUAAACCAGUAAACAUGGUUGAGAUCCAGCAGAAAAGAAACUCUGCAGAUUAAUGGAAGAAGGUGACCUGGGAGGCUUAAGAGGCAGAAAAAGGCUAAGCCACAACGUUAUUGCUGCUGUGACCAACACUGCCUACAGCUACACGUGCCCUUACUGUGGGAAGGGUUUCCACUAUAAGACUGACAUUGUGCGCCAUCAAAGGGUCCACACAGGAGAAAAGCCAUUUAAGUGUCCUCAUUGUCCAUACUGUUCCACACAAAAAGGAAAUCUUAGGAGUCACAUGGCAAAAAUACAUAAGAGUUCAUUAGAAUAAAGUAGUCCUGAAUGGUUUAUUAAAAUUAUAUGAAAACAGAAUAGGUGUAGGUAUUUUAUUAUUACAGAUUUUUACAAAAAAGAAAAAAAAAAAAACUGAGUCUAGUCUUGAAAUAAUUUGUUUUUUGGGGGGGCAUUCCAAUCAUGAAUUAACAACUUAUGAUAAUGAUAGCUACACAAGCAUGUUUCUAACACAUUUGUCCCCCCCCUCUCCCCCAUCUCCUUGAUCUUCUCCCUUUAGUUUCCCCCACAUUCUAUAGAGAUACAUAGCAAUUGUACUAUCUCUUAUUAAAAAAAGAAUGAAGUAGUUUGUAGUUCCUUUAGAUCUAAUAAAAAGAUAAUAUAUGGGAUAUAUUAAAAAAAAGAAGUGGGUUUGGCAGCAUUUGACAUUAUGCAAGCAUUGCAGACAUCAAAUGGAGAUAAAACUUUACAAGGUCAUAACUGGUCUGUCACAAAGUCAGUAGGUUAUGAUAAUCUAAAUAUGCAUAGAAUAAUAUGCAGGAUGCUGUUUUAGAGACAGCUAAAAUCACAUCCCUGCAAACUGCAGGUCACCCUAGUCCCAUAAACUUUUUCAAGUGAAUCUUGGUAAUCAAAUAGCAUUAUUCAGAGUAUAUCACUCAUUGAGAAUCUGGAUAUCCAAGUACGGUGAGCAUAUGUUCACGUAUGUUUAUAUAGUUAGUUUUUGGAUAGAUGCUUAGAAAGGUUAACCAGGCUUUGUGCAGGGCAUGUAAGUUAUUCUGUAAAAACAAAAAAAAACAAAAAGAAAAACUUAACAAAUUCAUCCCCCCACCCCCUAUUUUACUGAUUUGAUAUUCAUUGCAAGCAAAAAGAGCUCAUGUACCUUGUUUGAAAAGUAUUUGAUAAGAUAUUUUUUAUUACUCAUUAAUGGGGCUGGUAUAUUGAUAAUCCAUAUGACUGGGGCCAGAUUUUCCAAGUGUGUGGGUUCAAAUUCUGAUCACAGUCUGAGAUUAGGAAGGGAAUCCAUUUGGGGUAAUGGUCUCAGUACAAAGGCACCAUCUCUGCCAUUGCAAAGGAUUUAUUUAUGUAUGUUUUUUUUUUUUUCUUCUUCUUUUUUCCCUUAUAAAACUGGAUCAUUUUCAAAAUACCCAUUACGUGAAAGAAGAAAGUUAGAUCGUAAUAUAUGAUAGUUGAAGGUUAGUAAUUAUUUUUGUAUUCAAACUUCUUGCUAAAAUUGCUGUUUUUUAAAACCAUUAUUUUUUAACAGUUGAUAAAGGAACUUUAUAGUUCCAAUAAUUUGGGGGCCUCUGAACAUGGGGAGAUGUUUUGUGUACUUAUUUAGAUCUACAGGGAUAAAGGGCAUGGGCUUUGACCCUCCUUAUAUGUGACACUGCCUCCCUUCCAUUAACCUACUGCUGUCACUCAAACUUUGUUUUCCCUAUCAUUUUUUACUUGUAGAACAGUAUGCUCUCAGGACUUAUUUUUACCCCUGUAAUAUGGAAAUAGUUGAAAAUAUGCAUAGAUGUGAGUAAUGUAAUAGAACAAGAGGAAGGGAAUCGAAGAUGAAUUGAUUGUAAUAUUUUUCUAUGUACAAAUUUUCAGAGCAUGCUGUAACAAAAUGUAAAUAACUUAAUGGUUUAUUAAAUAUUAAUUGUAUAUACUGGAAAUAUAGAGGAGAAAAAAAA